AACACCUGAGCUCUACAAUCUAGGGUGUGAAGACCGUCUCCAGUAGCACAGCAGUUUUAUUUCUGAUUUUAACUUACCAGCCAAGCAAAGAUGGCAUUGUUCAAGAAAUUCUUCAAAAAUGUCAUCCAUGACAGAGAUUCUGAGGAUGACACUGUCACUGUGAAGGGUAAGCCAAAGCCUAAGUAUUAUGGAACAGUCACGCCGUACCCCAACUUCAGUGCCAGCAGUGAUGCUUCAGUUCUUCAGGCCGCUAUUGAAAACAGAGACGUGGACGAGGACGUGAUCAUCUCUGUCCUGGUGAAGAGGAACAACGAGCAGAGACAGAAGAUCAAAGUGGUCUAUGAAGCGUCCACUGGGGAGAACCUGGAAAAAGCUCUGAAGUCAGCUCUCAGGUCAGAUUUAGAGGACGUCUCUCUGGCUCUGCUCAUGAUGCCUGCUAACUUUGACGCCUACCUGCUCAGGAAGGCCACGAAGGGUCUGGGCACACAUGAAGAUGUCCUGGUGGAGAUUUUAGCCACAAGGUCAAACCAAGAGAUUCUAGAGCUCACGAGGGUCUUCAAAGAAGAGUACGGAACAGAGCUGGAGGACGUUAUCAAGGAUGAAACCAGUGGUGACUUCACCAACGCCCUUCUGGCCAUGUUGAAAGCCAACAAAUCUGAGAGCACUGAAGUCGACAUGGAUCUGGCCCGAAGGGACGCGGAGACUCUGUUUGAGGCUGGCGAGAAUACCAAAGGAGUGAAUGCGUCUGCCUUCAUCGACAUCCUGACCAGCCGGAGCGGGCCGCAGCUCUCUAAGACAUUCCAGCAAUACGCGUGCAUCAGUGACGUGACACUACCUAAAGCCCUGGGCACAGAGAUGAAGGGAGACAUCGAAGACUGUCUUUUAGACAUUGUGAAAUGUGCCUGGAACAAACCAGCUUUCUUCGCUGAGAAGCUCCAUCUGGCUAUGAAGGGCCACGGCACAUGUGAGGAGACACUGAUCAGGGUGCUGGUGAGCCGCUCUGAGGUCGACCUCAAGAGGAUCUUGGAGGAAUACAGGGCCAUGUAUGACGAUACCUUACAGGAGCACAUACUGAAAGACACUGAGGGACAUUAUCGGGAUGUCCUGCUUGGACUGUGUGGACCUCACUGAAAUUCACUUGCAACUGAAAAAUCAAAGCAAGUUUGUCCACUGGAUGCCACAGAAAUCUGACAUAUUUCACAAUUAAUAUGACUAACGAGACCAUCUGUCUUAUUGAUAUUAUCCCACCAACAAUAACAUAAGCAUAUAUGUUAUCUUUCUGACGAAAGCACAUUGCUAAAGGUAAUAAAAGCUUGUUCUUGCUGUCAGGAACUAUUAAUUAACUUUUUGGAGUAAACUGUAGUCAUAUAUUUAAUAACAUAUACAGGAAACUAAUCUAAAAUAUGUGGAAGACACAGAUGAUAAAGAGGACGAUAAGAAGGACGAUGUUUUUUCACUAUAAAAUCCUAUAAGAGUAUGUCAGAAAUAAAAACAUCUACAGCCUCUA